AUGGUAAUGAUAUUUGGUAAAAAGGGAAAGCUUAGUUACCGGUAUGUGGGCUCUAAUGAGAUAAUGAAACAGGUCGGGAAAGUUGCUUAUGAGUUGAAGUUACCAAGUGAAUUAGACCUGGUUUAUGCAGUAUUUCAUGUCUCUAUGCUUAAGAAAUGUGUAGGCGACCUGGUGUCUACCCUCCCUAUUGAAGGGUUAGAAGUGAAUGAGAAUCUUUCAUAUGAAGAGGUUCCAGUUGAGAUCCUAGAUCGUCAAGUCAAAAAAUUGAGGAACAACGAGGUUGUCUCCAUAAAAGUCCUAUGGAGAAACCAUCUAGUUAAGGAAGCAACAUGGGAGGCCGAGGCCAACCGAAGCCACACUAUCCAUUUCUUUUCCUCUAAACCGUAG